AUGGGUUGGUUCACAAAGAGUAAAGAUAAAAAGAAAAAGGAAGAAGAAGAAAAGAAAAAGAAGGAAGCUGAAUUAAAAUAGGCGAACGAAAAAAAAUUACAAGAAGAGCAAAAGUAAAACUUUUCCAACAGAAAACCUGCAGACGAUGAGCCAGAGUAAUAAUAGGAAUUUAUCAAGGAAGAAGAUGUGUGGAUUUUUGAAAGUAUUCUUUAGUUCUUAGUUUCUCCAGUUUUCAAAGCGCCUGUUCAUUAGAUGAUAGAUGACAAAUGCAUUUAUUUUGAGGACAUUAAAAACAUUUCUAAUGAUCAUAAAGAAAUUCAUCAGGAAUAUAAGAACAUGUUAAAUGAGCUUAUUAUUGGGUUGUCUUAAGAUAUUGGAGCAGAACCAGGUAAAAUUAUGGAACUUUGUGAGCACGCUGUUAAUCUGAGAUCUCAUAGAAAAUAUUUUGUCUACUUUUAAUUGUACUAUCACUUAGAUGAUUUUGUAAAGAUGAUGGCCAAGAGAAAUGUAGACCUUGAAACUGAGGCAUUAAGGUAGCUCUAAAAAAAGAACUAAGGCAGCAAUUAAUAAAGAGGAAUGCAGUUCAACGAGCAAGAUGAAUAUGAAAGAGCAAUUCAAAAUAGUUUGAGCAACACUCAAAAUAUUGGAGGAGAUGAACUUUAAAGAGCUAUUCUAGCUUCAUAAUAAGAAUUUGAAAAUAAGAAAAAACUUUAAGAUUAGGAAGAUGAAAUGUUAUAGUAAGCACUAAGAAUAUCGAAGAUGGAAAAUGAAGGUAAAUAAAAUAAAGUAGAGUUUUAAAAUGGUCAUGUAGAAAGCAAAAAAAUACAUAAACCUUAGUAAAAGGGAAAUGAUGAUGAUGAUGAUUUAAUCUAAAUAAAUGAUAGUGAUGAUGAUUUAGGCGGUGAUGAUGACGAUGACAAUCUUUAUUUUGAUUUUAAGAAAGAUAAGAAUGAAUAGCAAUAAAAACCUGACUAGAAUUUUGAUAAAAUGUUAUUUGAAAGUAGAUAAAAUCUCUUAAAAAAUCUUGAUAAUUUGAAUAUAAAUCAAAACAACUCUUCAUCUUAACAAUAAGCAUAGCAAUAGCCAGCUGAGACUUUGGAAGAAAGAAAAGAAAGACUCAAAAAGCAAAGAGAAAUGUUGUUAGAAAAGAAAAGAAUGGAGAGAGCCAACGAACUUGAUGAGUAUGCAGAUAAACAAAACUAAGAAUUACUCAAUCAAGAUGAUGACGAAGAUGAUACUAAAAGCUAAAUGGAAAUUAAAAAGAAGAAAGAAUUAGUUAAUAAAAUCAAGGCUGAAAUAGCUGGAAAUAAAUGA